AUGAGUGAGAUCUCAACAUUUAGAUAUGGUUGUGCUAUACUUUGUCUCAUAUUAUAUAUAAUAAUUUUAACCGCAGCAUAUAGUGGGUUUUUUGAAAUAUUAUUAAAAUUUAGACAUCGCGUCAUACUAUCGGAUCAUAAUCAAAGUUCAAUAAGUACGAAUAAUGUUGAGACUAACCAUAGUGAUAAUGAAAAUAAUGAAAUUAAUAAUGAAAAUGAUGAAUUAUUAGAAGGGGUUACAAUCAUACGGCCAAUAAAAGGUAUAGAUCCAGAAAUGAAUUCAUGUUUAGAAUCAUCUUUUUUACAAAAUUAUCCAAAAUCCAAAAUUCAAUUAUUAUUUUGUAUUGAUAAUCCAAAAGACUCAAGUAUACCAUUGAUUAAAAAAUUAAUAUCAAAAUAUCCAACAAUAGAAUCAGAAAUAUUAAUUAGUGAAAAUUAUAACCCAAAAACGAAAUCCAGUUCUGAUCAUUUUGGUCCAAAUCCAAAAGUUAAUAAUUUAAGUAAAGGAUUUUUAAAAGCUAAAUAUGACAUAUUAUGGAUAUUAGAUAGUAAUGUAUGGACAAGUUCAAAUAUUUUAAGAAAUUCAGUAAUUACAUUAAAUUCAAAUUUAAAUAAUGGUAGACAAGUCAGUAAAAAAAGACCAGUGAAAUUAGUUCAUCAUGUUCCAUUAGCAAUUUGUUGUGAUUUAAAUAAUUUAAAUAGUAUUGGAAUAUCAAAUAAUAGUAAUAAUGAAAUAAUUUUAAAUGAUUUAGAGAGUAAUGUCACUCCAAUACAAUCUGAGGAUGAUUGUUCAGAUAAUUCAAUGAAUUCACAACUUACAAAAAGAAAAUUCAUAGCAUCCUCAUCAUCCACGACUAAUUCAUCAACAAAUAAUUCAAAACCAUCACCAUCAUCAAGAUCAUCAUUAUAUUCAUCAAAUAAUAAAUCUUUAGGAGCAAAAUUAGAUGAAAUGUUUCUACAUACAUCACAUUCAAAAUUUUAUAUAUCAUUAAAUAAUUUAUCAAUAGCACCAUGUGUAAAUGGUAAAUCAAAUAUAUAUAGAAAAUCAGAUUUAGAUCAAUCAGUUAAAUUAAUUCCCUUUAAAAAUUCAAAUUUUUUCAAAGAUCCUCAAGUUAAAGAAAGUGCAUCAAUUUUUUCAAAUUUAGGAAUUGGUAAUUCAAUAAAAUUUUUUGCAAGAUAUAUUGGAGAAGAUAAUAUGAUAGGUAUAGCAUUAUGGGAAAAUUGUAAUGGUAGAACUGGAUUAACUAGAGAUUUAGUUAUACAACCUUUAAAUUCUUCAAAUAACUCAAUUACUGAUUAUAUUAAGAGAAGAGUUAGAUGGUUAAGAGUUAGAAAAUAUAUGGUUUUGUUAGCUACUUUAAUUGAACCAACUACUGAAUCUAUUAUAUGUGGAAUUUAUGGAAAUUUUGCCAUAUCAACUUUGUUUUUUAAUAAAUGGUUUUCAAUUAAAUUAUUUAUAUUUCAUAUGAUUAUUUGGUGUUUAACAGAUUUAAUUCAAUACAAGAUAUUAAAUAAUCAUAUUAAAUCUCAUAUAAAUAUAAUUUAUUUACCAAAAUGGAUUGAAAAAUUUCCAUCAUUAAAUUUAAAACUGAUGGUUGAAAUUUUUCAAUGGUUUAAAAUUUGGUUAUUAAGAGAGAUAUUAGCAUUACCUAUUUGGAUUAUAGCAAUGUUUGGUCAUGAAAUUGAUUGGAGAGGUAAACCUUUUAAAAUUAAAAAAGAUUUAACUGCGGAAGAAUUAUGA